AUGCCUCGCAAUGCAAAGAAGGGUGCAAAGCCCUUCGCUGGUGAGGCGGCGGAGCCAGGAUUGAACAUAAUCGGGAUCCACACAGCUUGGGACUCGAGCCCCGAUGUGAGGCAGAGGGUGCGCGAUGGGUUUGGGCUGAUGCAUACUAAUAGUGGACUCUCUUGCGACAACAAUGUUUGCAUUUUGAACUCCAACGUGCUGCUACCAGUGUUGCACACUAUGCGUGACAGCCCGGACAGAAAGCUUCCUUCUGUGGGAGACCUCCGGUGCGAGAUGACGCAGGCUUUUGCCGUGAACAAGCGUGUCGGCCCUGAUGUCGCAGGGUGUGUUGCCAGCGAGGCGAUACACGUCCGCAAGCUGCUGUCGCAUGUCAAAGCGAAAGUGAGACGGGAGGAGGUGGAGAAGCCUGUGCUCAUGAGACGAGAUCAGUUGCUCUUGAGACAGAAAGUCAAGGGCCGCAAGAAACGUGGGCCAAAGGCCAAGGCAGGCAAGAAGGGCAGGGGUGUCAAGAGGUCGAAGUCCAAGCCGUUGUCCCCGUCAAAGCGGAGACGAGCAAUCCUGAGGGAGAAUGCCGAGGAUCACGAUGACAAGGACGAUGAGCCCGAGAAGGACUCCUCCAUCGAGAAGCCGAAAGCAAAGGCCAAGGCCAAAGCCAAGGCCAAAGCCAAGGCCAGCGCAAAACAGGCAGCGACCCCCAAAGCGAAGGCGAAAGCCAAAGCCAAGUGCAAGGCAGCUGCGGUGCCAAAAGGCAAAGCCAAGCCCAAGGGUGCCCCGAAAGCAAAGGCCAAGGGAAAGCCCGAGGAGAACGAGUCUGAGAUCCCGAAAGCGAGAGGCGCGAAGAAGCUUUCGCCCCAGAAGGAGUUCCUCCUGAAGCCCGCGGCGCUUUGCAUGUUUGAGGCUCUGGACUGGUACUUCGGAGUGAAGGAUCCAUCGGGGCUGAAGGACACGGUUGUGGAGUUCGCCAAGAAGUGGGGUUCCGGUUCCAAUGAUAGCAAAUUCAAGCACAGCCUCAAGGCCGAUUUGGACGAGAUUUGGUACAGCGGCUACAACAUGUACUGGAACAGACCUGCAGCCGGGCUCCUCCACAAGGAGUCUGGAAAGGAGCUGGGCUACUUUUCCAUCCCGGCUACCCGAGGCUGCAAUUGCUCAUGGGGGCAGAAGAUGGCUGUAGUAGCGAAGGCUGCUAGCAUGUUCGGCAAGUAUGCGGAUUCUUUGAUCUAUGAUGGCUAUGUCGAUUCGGCGAACCCGGAUACCUCCAAGGACCUGGUUAUCAUGAGAAACAUUUUCAAGUCCGUUGUUCAAGACUCCGUGAAAAAGCUCUCGGAGUCUGAGUAG